GGGAAGGGGAAUGGGGAAGGAUCGGAAGUGGAAGACCACGGAGACGAAGACGAAGAAGAAGAAGAAGAAGAAGAAGAAGAAGAAUGGGAAGAUGUCCUCCCCACCGCCUCCACCGCCACCGCCUCCACCGCCACGUCCCUAAUCCCGGUGGAUAUGGGUUCCGACCUAGAGCUGACGCUCUCGCGCGCGCCCGGUGUGGACGUCCCCCUCUCCGGCAAAAAGAAGGGCGCCUCCGUGCAGCAGCGGCGGAUCCGGGUGCUCACGCACUGCCUGCACGUACAAUACCUUCUAUUCCACGGGUGGGCGCGGAACCGAUGGGUCAGCGAUGCUGAGGUGCAAGCGGUGUUGCUCAGCCAGCUGCCUGCGGGAAUUUCCGCGGCGUUCGAGCGGGUUCGCGAGAAGGCCGGCGGGAAGGGGAAGACCGAUCCGCUGCUUACCCCACUGGGAAUGCUGCUACAUUGGUGGCGCGCGAAGUUUACGGUCGAUGCGCCGGCGCUCAGGAAGAGGGGGUAUAGAAGUCUCAGGCAGUUUGUGGAUGAGCGUGAGGCUGCCGGGGAGGACGUGCUGGCUGUCCCGACCGGAAGGAAGGAUGCAGAGGGAAGGGAGGUGGAGACGAUGGUUAGGCGCGAGGGCGAGACGGUCAAGGGGCUGCAGGCGUUUAGGACGCUGGCACGGGAGUGUAAAGGCAGUAGGGAUGUCGGCGCGCUGCUGUUGACGGGGAUUUGUAGAGCCCUCGGAUUCGAGGCGAGGGUCGUGUUUAGUCUUCAGCCGCUGGGGUUUGGGUUCUCGACUGCGGAGACGGCGGAGGUGGUUACUACAGGUGAUAAACCGGCGGAGGUGAAUGGGAAGGUGAAUGGGAAGGCCAAGGUAAAUGGGAAGGGACACGGGAAACGGAAGCGAGUUGACAGCGACGAGGAUGAUGAAUCCAGCGGCCUGAGUAGUCUCGAGGACACGAGCGACGACGAUGAUAGCGGCAAGUCGAGCAAAUUCAACAAGCCCGCCUUCGAUCGUGACCUCCUAUAUCCAACCUUCUGGACCGAGCUUCAUUCCCCAUAUUCAAACACCUAUCUCACGCUCUCGGCAUUCCCCUCCCCACUCUUAGGGCACACGCCCGACCUAACGGCCAAAUUCGAACCUCGCGGCAAAAAGGCCGCCAACGCAAAACAGGUAAUCGCCUACGUAGUCGCCUACUCUUCCGACGGCCACGCACGCGACGUGACAGCACGGUACCUAAGCAAGCGCACGUUCCCGGGAAAAACCAAGGGCUUCCGGAUUCCCGUCUCGCAGGUGCCAAUAUACUCGUACGAUGGGAAAGUGGUGUCCUCGUACUCGGUGGACUGGUUCGCGAAGGCACUGCUGCCGCUGGUGAAGCCGCGAGAGAAGUGGACAGAUGCGGAGGUGGCGGAGGACGAGGACCUACGCAAGGCGGUCGCUCCACCCGAUGAGCUCGCGGCGAAGAAAUAUAAUACCAAUACCUUGUCCGGGCUCAAAAACCACCCCGAGCUGGUCCUCGAGCGCCAUUUAAAACGUGAGGAAGCCAUUAUCCCCGGGAAAGGGCAUGCGCGGACCUUCACCAGCGGCAAGGGCGACAAGAAGCUCGAAGAGAAAGUCUACAACCGCGCCGACGUAGCCGUGUGCAAAGCCGUCGAGAACUGGUACCGCGAGGGCCGCACGGUGAAGGUCGGCGAGCAGCCGUUGAAAAUGGUCAAGCGCCGCGCGGUGACACUGGCUCGCAAACGCGAAAUCGAGGAGAAGCAGCGAGAGGGCGAGACCGCGAUGCAGGGCCUCUAUGCUGAGUUCCAGACGGAACUGUACAUUCCCCCGCCGAUUGAAGAUGGGUUCAUCCCCACAAACGCCUUUGGCAACAUCGACGUCUACGUCCCCACAAUGGUCCCCGCGGGCGCGGUGCAUAUCCCAUUGAAGGGCGCGGGGAGGGUCGCGAAGAAGCUGGGCGUGUCAUAUGCUGAGGCGGUGACCGGGUUUGAGUUCCGGCAGCAGAGGGCGCUGCCGUAUAUCGAGGGCGUGGUUGUUGCGCAGGAGAAUGAGGGGCUGGUGAGGGAUGCGUGGCGUGCUGCCGAGGAGGAGAGGAAGAAGCGUGAGGAUGGAAAGAGAGAGGCCGAGGCGCUGGGCAGGUGGAGGAGGCUCGUGCUCAAGGCUCGCGUGCUGAAACGGCUGAGGGAGGAGUAUGGCGAGACGCAUCCCGGCGAGAACCAGGAGGUCGAGGUUAAUCCGUUCGUAAGAAAGGACUCGCAGCGUAGGGAACCUGUGCAGGAUGGUGGUGGAGUUGUGCCUACUGACGAGGACGAGGACGAGGAUGAGGAUGAGGGUGAGGGAUACGGUGGUGGUGGGUUUUUGCUGGAUGACGACGAGGAAGGCGAACAGCCACCACCACCACCAGUGGAUGGUGAUGGUGGCGGCGGCGGCUUCAUCCUUGAUAUCGAGGAAGAGGAGAAACCGACUCCACAGUUCCUUAGCAUCCGCAACGGUGCUACGGCAAUGUCGUUACGAGACAUGGCUGACAUGGCAGCCACCGACGCAGAGUCCUCGUCCUUGUCGUCGGACGAGGGGGAGGCGGAAGAAGAAGAGGACGAGGACGAGGACGAUAAGACACGUUCCAAAUACUUCUCACCCCAGAAGGCGGCCGUUAAAAAAGCUCCAAUACCCAAGAAAACGCCCGCGGCAGCUAGAAAGAGGGCCACAACGACGAAAACGACGAAGACGCCGCGUGAAACUACGAAAAGAAUCACCAAGAAGCCAGCUAAGACGCCAGCUAAGAAGCCAGCUAAGAAAUCGAAACCAACCUCCGGCCAGAACGAGGACAUGGAUAUGGACAUGGACAUGGACGAUGGUAGCGAUGAAGAUGCUCCCGUCGCUGUCCCUGUUCCUGAUGCCCCUACAACUACCGGUAGGCCUCGCCGUAAAGCCGCUGUAGUAGCGCGCAGGCAGAGUAGGAGGAUGAUGAAGAGUCGAUAUUUCGAUGGUGGCUCCGAGGAGGAGGAAGAGGAAGAGGAUGGGUAGGAGUAGGUAGUUGCUGGUGGUCAGUGGUUAGUGGCUUGUUCAUGUGCAUACUUUGGGAUUUGGAAGGGCGUUUCUUUUUUUCUUUUUUUUGGCGGGUGCGUUUGUGGCAUGCGUACUUCUGUACUAUAGACUAGGUUAAAGCUGCGGAUUUUUCAUGUACAUGUAUGAUGGUUUGUAGUAUCUAUGAUGUACGAAGUGUAACUCGUAGAUUUGGAAAUGGAUAGAGCUUGGAAUUUGUGAUUGGAGCUGCGGAUGUAUGCAUGAUGCCUUGUAGUACGAAGUCUCACUCGUAGAUUUGGAAAUGGA